AUGUCCGAGUCCCCCCCCGCCAAGCGCCACUCGCCUGACCCCGCCGGGGGCGGUACAUCCGCGUCGCAGAAGCGCACACGCUCACGUAACGGGUGCCUCGUUUGUCGCGCACGCCGCAUCAAGUGCGAUCUCGAACGGCCUGAAUGCAAGCGUUGCGUCAACUACGGAGCCGAGUGUGUCUAUCCGAUCAAGAAGGCGUUUGAUGCGGCUGCAGUGGAUGCCGCCCUGGGGAGCCGGCACAACCGGCCAUCAAGCGUCGCUGCAACCGCGGCAGCGUUCCACGACCCCAACGCUGGACCGAGCCGCAGUUCAGCCGUGUCCCCACCCCUCCCCCUCAUCCUGAACAACCAGCCUGCGCGGGCGGAUAUGCGUAGCACAGUUGAGGACCUGCCGCCUAUGGAAAUGGUCCACGCGCUGUUCCGCAAGACCAAGAUGGGCUCGUUCUUCAACAACCCUGGCAUGUGUCCUCCCGAGUUCCUCCAGCAUGUCUUUCCGAAUCCAGAUGACCUCCGUUGUUUCCACCACUGCCUCACAUACACACUCUCGCUCAUGGUGAUUGACGAGGAGCACAAUCCAUGGGUUGAACAUAUCGCUCCCAUGUUCCUUUUCCCCACCGGCGACGCGCCUCUCUCCACUUCAGCCCUCAAGUUUGCGAUGCUCGCGAUCGGAGCCACGCACCUCGCAUACCUCGAGGCGACGAGUCGUGUGUCGCCAGCGCAAGCUGAGAACACGCUUCAGAUGUCGCGACAGUACCGACACACUGCGCUCGGCCUUCUCCGCCAGGCACGGCGUAUCCCAGGUGAACUGUCAAACGACGCGUUCUUGGCAGCAUCGCUGCUGAUUGUGGACAACGAUAUCCUCGCGGCGACCGUGUCGUGGCGUGAGCCUCUCCGCUAUGCCAAGGCGUCCAUUGCCCACCGCGGUGGAGCUGGCAAUGUACUCUUUGGCCAGGACUGGCGUACUGCCCUCGCUGGUCGUGUGAACGGGGGCCCAGAGCUUGCACCGCCGCUCUCAGCGCGGCGCUACCUUAUCGAGCAUGCGGUAAUGCACGACUUGUUGUCAUGCCUGACGUCUGGUGCCCCACCAACCAUCCUCGACAACGACUCGCCAUGGUGGGAGGCUCUGGGCACGACAGGAGGCACAGACCGCGAGUGGGAAUCAAUCGAGGCGCUGGUCGGGUACGACCGGUCUCUGAUGCGGAUUGUGGGGACGAUCCUGGCGUUGUAUUCUGAGUGGCGGGCGUUUGAGGCGCAUUACCGCCCUCUGAACGAGCUUGACCCAGCCGUGUCGCUCCACUCGCCUGCAGCCAUGGAGCGGAUGGAGCUGAGUCGGCGCUUGGCCGACUGCCAGAUUGAGCUCGCGACGUGGCGCGCCGAAGCGCCAGCGAGGUACAUGGACCAGCGCACGAUGGUGGGGUCCAUGGCGCUAUGGCACGAGGCGCAGAUAAUCGUCCUGCGCGACAUGCAAAAACGGGGACGGGACGAUGCGGACGUGCAGUCGUCGGCGGCGGCCGUGCUUGAGCUGUGCAUCGAGGCAGGGGACAAGGUCGAGUUUCUCAACUGGCCGUUCUCGGUUGCGUGCAGUGUACUGCUGGACCCCGACAAGCGCGAGACGGCACGCGGUAUCAUCAAGACGUUUGCGUACCAGUGCUGUCACGAGAUUGAGAGCGUGCGGGUUCUUGUCGAGGAGAUGUGGCGCCGCAUUGACGAGGGAUACGAUGACGAGGCGUGUAACUGGCGCGAGGUGCUGCUGGAGAUUGGGCGGCCUGUGCUGAUCGGGUAG